AUGACUGCCAUCUAUCUGUGCGCACUUCUGAUCCAGUUUGUUGGACUGACCCUUCACAUCAUCGGCUUGGGCACCCCGGAGUGGUCGUUCGUUCCCAAUUCUGACUUCACCUACGGUCUCUGGGAAGACUGUAUCCCAGUUUACGGAUGUGUAGAUAUCUUCAAAGAAAAAAGUAGCAUGCUGAUGGCAACAGAGGCCUUUGCACUUAUUGGGAUGUUGUCAGGAAUUACGGCCCUUGCUGCAGCCAUUAUUUACAUUGUGCUCCCCACUUUGGAGGAAUCUCCCAGUUCCAAAUUAACGCUGAUCUCCAUGGCAACGGGCAUCUUUGCUUUGGUCUGUAACUUCAUCGCUGUGGUCAUCUGGGGAGUUGGGAUCCACAACCCGGACGUUCAAACUAUCGGCUACUCCUUCGUCUUCUGCAUCACUGGUGGGAUCCUUAUGGCCAUUGGUGGAGUAAUGGCUUUUGUUGGUGGACAAAACGAUGAGGACUAA